UAUAUUGCAGUGGAUAGAAGUUUCCAGUGCUCAGGGAAGGGACUUGCACACAAAAGAAAUUGUUUUGUUGGCAUCAGUAGAGGAAAUAUAUACGGUAUAUAGUUCAAGUAAGAAGUAAGUUUUACAAUAUGGAGAAUAAGACGCAAACAAUCAAUUUUGGUGCAGGACCUGCUAAAGUUCCACAUUCGGUUUUGCUUGAAGCACAGAAAGAGCUGUUGGAUUACAAAGGACUAGGCAUCAGUGUCCUUGAGAUGAGUCACAGAUCUGCAGAUUUCACGAAAAUAUUGAAUUCAACAGAAAACCUUUUGCGUGAACUUCUUUACAUUCCUGAGAACUACAAGGUGAUUUUUCUCCAGGGUGGUGGAUCAGCUCAGUUCAGUGCAGUGCCAUUGAACCUGCUAGGAUUGAAGGAAGAACGGUGUGCUGAUUACAUAGUCACUGGGGCUUGGUCAGCCAAGGCUGCUAAAGAGGCUGAGAAGUACGGCAAAGUGAAUAUCGUCCACCCUAAACUGGACAGCUAUACAAAAAUUCCAGACCCCAGCACCUGGAAGUUGAGCCCUGGUGCAUCUUAUGUGUAUUAUUGCUCUAAUGAGACAGUGAACGGUGUGGAGUUUGACUUUAUCCCUGACAUAAAAGGAGCUAUCCUUGCCUGUGACAUGUCAUCCAAUUUCUUAUCUAAGCCAGUGGAUGUUUCAAAGUUCGGUCUGAUCUUUGCUGGUGCUCAGAAGAACAUUGGCUGUGCUGGGGUGACAGUGGUGAUAGUUCGUGAAGACCUGUUAGGAGUUGCCCUUAAAGAAUGCCCUGUUGUGCUGGACUACAAAAUUCAGGCUGGGAAUAACUCCAUAUACAAUACUCCUCCAUGUUUCAGUAUCUACAUCAUGGGGCUGGUCCUUGAAUGGAUCAGGAACAAUGGGAGCGCUGAAGCCAUGGAGAAACUUAACAUCACGAAAUCAAAGCUGAUUUAUGACGAGAUUAAUGAAUCUAAUGGGUUCUAUGUGUGCCCUGUUGAAUUGAAAAGCAGAAGCAGAAUGAACAUUCCUUUCCGAAUCGGAAAUAAUAAUGGAGACACAGCCCUGGAAAACACGUUUUUAGAUGAAGCUGCUAAACUUGGUAUGAUUUCUCUCAAAGGCCACAGGUCUGUGGGAGGAAUCAGAGUCUCUCUUUAUAACGCUAUCACAGUGGAAGAGGCAAGAAAGCUUGCAGAAUUUAUGAACGUUUUUAUGAAGACACAUCAAUCCUAGAGCUUUGCAUUUUUAAAUACAGCUGUGCAGAGUUUACUUUGUUAGAAGCAUAUGUAGUAGUGUUUUUUGAAUUUUGUAGUAAGCCAAGAAAUGAUGCAAACCUGUCAUUCAUUUACACAAUAAAUAUGUUGGUAUUUGUGCCUUCUAUAUAAUAUAGGGACCAAUGUCUUCUUGGUAUGCAUGAUCUGUCCUGGAUGUCUGUCAAUAUCAUUCUGUAUUAAAAAGGUGGUUAUGACUGUCUGAGUCUUUUAUGAUGCCAGCAGAUUAGAUAAACUUUCUCUACUUACAGUAACUUAGUUUUGUAAAUGUUUUACCUCAUGUUCUGCCAUUCAUAGAACUGUAAAGUGUGUGUGCAUACUGUAUAUAGUGGAGAUGUUUUUUGUAUAAAAAUGGGGUCUUGUCAUUUGAUGUAGCAAUUGACAUUUCGUCAAUCUAAUUUUCUAACUGUAUAUGAGAAAUUGAAAAACACUAAUAAAUAUCUUGUAAUCAUUGUAA